GUGGCAAGCGAAAGGAGAGCGUUUUCUGUUUUAUUACUGUAUUAGUUUGUGUCUAAAUACACAUUUAUUUGAGUUACAUUUACUGUAAUUAAAAUGAAACCGUUAUUGUUAGCUUAAAGUUACUGAGCUUCAAAUCAUUAUGGUGCCUGUAGCUAUAGAAGGGUGCACUCAGGGCACCGAAGGUGGCGGGGCUCGCGGAGGCUCCAUAUCUCUUGCCUUAUUGAUAGAUUUCAUAGUGCAAAGGACUUACGAUGAACUCACAGUUUUGGCGGAAUUGUUGCCUCGCAAAACAGAUAUGGAGCGUAAGAUUGAGAUCUACAAGUUCAGCGCUCGCACCAGACAGCUGUUUGUGCGCUUGCUGGCACUGGUUAAGUGGGCAAGCAGCGCCACCAAGGUGGACCGCUCUGCUCACAUCAUGGCAUUCUUGGACAAACAAGCUCUACUAUUUGUUGAAACUGCUGAUGUAUUGGCCCGAGUUGCAAGGGAGACUCUGGUUCAUGCUAGACUGCCUACUUUUCAUAUGGCGGCAGCAGUAGAGGUGCUUACGUUAGGCACAUACAGUCGCCUACCCGCAGUUAUCCGGGAGCGGCUGGUCCCGCCGCCGCCGCUGAUGCCAGCCGAGCGACGCACCACGCUACGGGCUCUAGCACAUGUAGUCCGCCAGAGACUCACCACAGCUUCCCUGCCUAGUGAUGUUCGAAAUUUAAAGGUGGAGAAUGGUCGUGCAACAUUCUCAGUGGGCCAAGAGUUCAGUGUGUCUCUGACCGUGAUGGGCGACGCGCCAAAUCUGCCCUGGCGGCUGUUGGAUAUCGCCAUCUUGAUUCAAGACAGUGAAACUGGAGAGGGAAAACCGUUGGUACAUAGUUCGCAACUAGCAUGGUUGCGCGGCGUAGCACAGGCGAGACUCGCGGCUUCCGGGCUUAGCGGGGCGUUGGCUGCGUUACGAUACUUCUGUCGCUCACUAACGUUGGAGCUUUUAUACACCCAGACGCUACGGCUCUGCCGCGACAGGUUGUCGAAGCAUCUACAAGUGGACAGAUACACGCCCGGGCAAAAACUUCAAGUUUCUUAUUGGCGGGAGCUGGGUUGCGAGCUAGGUUACCGUUUGAUCAUCGGCGCAGAAGGCGAGUCCCUAUGCGUGUGGCACGUACCAGCACUACAAGGCGGGGAGCGAGUCGCGGCCGCGCUGACUGCGCAUGCGCCAUCCAUGGAACGAUUGUUAGCGCAUACCGUUCAUGUGCGCUCGCGACAACGAUUGAACGACCUGAAAGUUCUACUGAAUGAUUUGGGGGUGGAGUGCAGCGUGUCGGGCUGGCCGUGCGUGCUGGCGUGCUCGGUGGUGUGGCCGUGCCUGCGCGCGGAGCAGCUGCUGGUGUCGGUGGGCGCGCACGGCGGGCGGCUGCGGGCGCGCGUGCCCGCCUACCCGCACACGCCGCGCAUGCCCGACCUGGCCGCCGCGCUCGCCGUGCCCGCCAUCCCGCUCAUCAAGGCGCUGCUCACGCAACUCAGGUUCUGGCUAGUAGCGCGUCGUUGCGAGAAGACGCUCCAACACCUACCCGCCAGCGUGUGCGAGCACCUGCCGUUCCUCCACGGGCCGGACCACCCGCUCACCAAGCUCUCACAGGACCGUCUCUACGUCACGCUGCAUCGACACACCGAUCAUAUACUGAUAGUAGAGAUGAAGGAAGUGGCGGCGGGCAGCACAGCUACCACCAGCAACACGACCAAUAGUGGCAGCGCGUGUUCUGUCGCACUCUCCUUUCACUUGGCCGGCGCCAGACGCUGCACGCCCGACGAGUGCGAGGACGAGGGCAACUCCUCGAGCUCAUCUGCGCCGGCGGGGGCGGCGCGCGCCUUCCUUAAACUGCACUCCCUGGUGGAACUCGAUACGUUCACCCUCACACAUGGACCCUUCACGCCGCUCGACACGCCUGGCAUGCAACCAGGCAAGCGCAAGUUGUCACCGGCGAUGACGCGCGCGGUGCGCGUACGGCAGCCGGCAUACUUCCUGCCCGAGCUGGCGCACGUGGUCGCCGCCGCCGACGAGCGCGUGCCCUUCGUCAAUCUCGCGCAGGAGUUGGCAGCUCGCGGCGUGACCCACGGCGGCGUGCAACCAGAAUGGAGCGGCUCGGCGCUGGGCAUGCGUAUAGUGGCGCUGCCUCGCCCAGAGGGCGCCAGCGUCGCCGCCGCAAACGCGCUGCGGGCGCGCCUGCUGGCCGCCACCAUACGACUCACCACCAAGAACCAAGCUCGCGUCUGGACUGCCGAGAUUGUCUUCCACGGGUCGCCUGUCCGCACGCCUAAUCCGAAGGAACAAGGCGAGCGUCGCUGCGUGUACCUGCAGUACGACCUGGGCACGGACGCGGGCCGCACGGCCGACGCGUUCCUCGCCGACUGGUCCGCCAUUGUGCACCUACACACGCUACUGCAUGACUUCAUGCUCAGACCCGCUCAUGAGCGCGAGACGCUGUGGCAAGGCGUGUGUAUCCGCUCGUACACGUACCGGUCGCUGGUGGUGGGCUGGGCCGGCGGGCGCGCCACGGCCGUGCUGCAGUGGAGCGCGGGCUCGCAGCGGUACACGCUCGCCACGCCCGCGCACCAGCCCGCAGCCAACGCGCACCACGCCACGCAUCAUCACCUCGACCAUUACAUCAACUGCCACAAAGACCUGAUGUCCCUGGGCGUGGUGCUCCGCGAGACGUACGCGCCGCUACUGGCGCUCAGCCGGCUGCCGACGCUGCCGCAGCUGGGGCUGCACCACGUGCGUACGCAGAUGCCCACGCCUACCUUCACACUGCUCGCGCACUCCUGGCGGAAGAUUCGCGUGAUAUACGCAGGCGCGUAUUGUCUAGAGAUCAGCAUAAGAGGCGGCGGUAUGGUGACAGUUCGUGACGGGUCGUUCUCCAAAUUCGACAGAAGCUCUGUGGUUGACGAGUUCGCGCCUGCGCAGGGUCUGAAGGCGUUCCUUUCAAGAUAUGUAGAGGACAAUAUUAGCGCGCGACUGUUGGCUGAAGACGAUAACCCGCCGUCGCCCAUGUCGCCUAUGCCUCCAGGAGGUCUCCGGUUCCCCGCGCCCCUAACCCCGCCGCAGCCGCACACGCCGCACUCCGCGCCUGUCACUCCGCACCCAACGUCGCCGGCGCAACAUCAGAUGGGCGGGUCGUCGUUCAACCUGACGUCCCCCCCCGCGGGCGGCGGCGUGGGCGGGGUGUGCGCCUCCCCCGCGUCCCCGCUGGCGCCGUCCCCGCACGCGCCGCCCGUGGCGUCCCCGCACCCGCCGCCCACCUCACCCUUCACCGCCUGGCCCGCCUCGCCCUCGCUGCCAAGGCCCUCGCCUGGACACCACCCCUCGCCGCGACAUCAUCUCGACCACAAGGGUCCGCAGCCGUCGUCCGGGCGCGUGAUCUGCGGCGGGCGCGCGUGGGCGGGCGCGCUGGCCACCCCGCUGGCGGUGAGCAAGCUGGAGGCGCUGUGCACCCCGUGCGAGCCGCCGCCGGGCGCGCCGCCCGGGCCCAGCCUCGCGCCGCUGCAGCGCUUCCUCGCCUGCGUCUACAUGAAGCGCACGCUACAGAGGUUCGUGCAGCAGGAGGACUAUCUAACGAUGGUGUCAGUGGAAGCAACGAGCCUGACGUUCCGGUGCGACGGGGCGGGGCUGGCGGCGCGGGUCGCGCUGCACCCGCAACACAUGCAGUCCCUGCACCUGCAGCUCACGCCGCUGCCCGAACACAAGGACACGUGGUCCGCUGAUGAUCUGCAGGUGAUGGAGAAGUUCUUCGAGCAGCGCGUAGCGAUCGCGCCGUACCGCGCCACGGCGCUGCAGGGCUGGGGCCGCGCGUGGGGCGCGCCGGCGGCCGCGCUGCCGUCGCUGGUGGCGCUCAUGCGCGCCGACCUGGCGCCGCCCGCGCCCGCGCUCUGGGCGCUGCAGUGGGCGCUGCGCAUCCCGCCCGCCGCGCCGCAGAUCGUGCCCGCCGGACAGCCCGCUGUGCUGCUCGCUAAGCACAAGAUACUCUUCUUUAUCUGCCUGACGCGCGGCGACACCCAGCUAGUACUGCCGCUGGUAUACGACAUGCAGCUCAACGUGACGCAACUGGCGGACAAGCGCGACUCGCAGCCCCAUCUCAUCGCCGUCAACCUACAUCUCAAGAGGUUCACGGAGUUCAACCAAUCCCACUCGGAGUGCACGCUGUGGCCGGCGGUGCGCGACCUACUGACCAACUUCACGUUGCCGCAGGAGGCGCCGCAAGCGCCCGCGCCGCCGCCGCCAUAGCUCGCGAGGCUGCACUGAGCUGACGCAACAGCUCACACGGACUGAUACUUGUGGAUAUUAUGUGAAUCGUUUUAAGAUAUUAUUAUACUAUUAAUAUUAAUGAUAUGCCAUGUUCUUCAGAAUAAGGUACUUUCGUUUGACGUUGGCGUCCUUUAACAAUAGAAUACCUUAUACCGUAGAACGUCGCAUGGACCUGGAGAUAUUGCAUUGCGGAUUGAUGGUUACUAUUUAUAUAAGUAUACGCCCAAUGUUAUAUAGUUCUUCGCCCUCUGUUCCUAGAAACUUGGCUGACCCCAUUAGAACCAUGUUACAAUAAAAUACUGCUUUUAUUUUGGAUAUUUAUAAUAAAUGAUUAUCACAUGCUCAGCAAUGAAGAAAAGAUCGUGAGGAAUACGUUUCGGUGGUAUAUAAUGACCUAACCUGUGUUGGGCUUAUUUUCCCUUCGCGGGUUGAAUAGUCAGGCAGGCAGUCGCUUCUGUGUUUCUGUACAAAAAUCGGAACUGUUAAAUCUUCAAGUUGUUAAGUAAGUGGACCCUGUGAAAACGGGAUAAUGCUAGGGAGACGAUGAUGAUCAAGAGAUAUAUUUAUGCAGCUAGUUUUUGACAAAAACUAUUCCGCAGCUGACGUCAUCCCACCCUGCGUUGCCAUUUUGUAUAAAAUAAAUUCCCCACGACAAAUGUUUUUUUUUUAUAUUUACUUUGCAAGAAAAUUUUGAGCUUUUAGUAAAAGAUUUACUUACAGUUGUAAUAUUUUUUAUAUAUGUGACAAGUAAUAGUAAUUAAAUACAUUAGUCAGUAAUUCCCUUAAUUUUCAAUAAUAAAAUUUACGUCCUUGGAAUGUUGGAGAUACCAAUAUAAUGGUAACACAGUGGUAACACUUACGUCAUCAUACCUGGCUGGGCCCAGCCAUCUAGCCUAUUAUUAUAUUUAUUUAUAUUAUUACUUUGAUAGUUAAAUAGAACAAUGUACUGUUUUUGAGUAAUAAACCCUCGCGCGUAGCUCGUCGCUCGCGUAUAGGUCUUAAUUCUAAGCAAUAUCAAGUUGUCUAUAACUAAGUAAUCGGUGUAAUAUAAUAAAACCCAAUAACGUCUCCACUUGUAAAUUUGUUCUUAAAAUAAAAAUAGUUCUUUUUUUUUAAA